AUGUCCCACAUAACUCUGUAUCGCAAAGGGAAUGGUGAACAGGGCCGUCAGAUCGGAGACGUUCCCCUUACCGAUCUUCCUGAGUGGUAUGCCCCGCAUGAUGCGGCUGAUCGGGUUACUUACUCAUCUCAGGUAGAUAAGAUUCAUGCUAGGGAAAAGGGAGCCAAGGCGUCCUCCGGUGACAGCACGCCGUCUGGAACAGAUAGAGAUUCCCGUGCUGCUCAUGAGAUUCAUCAUGUCUAA